AUGAUGAUGAUGAUUAGAGUACAGAGCCUACUCGCUUCCUCUUCCAGUCUUCCUUUUCUCUUCAAUUGUUUAAUUUUGAUUGGUGAUGGUUACUUUUCUAUUUUGGCCGAUGAAUCAAGUGAUGUGUCUCAAAAAGAACAACUAGCUCUUGUUUUGCGGUUUGUUAAUAGAGAAAAUGGAUUGGUAGUGGAACGCUUUUUAGGCAUUCUACAUGUGGGUGAUACUACCGCUUUGUCUCUUAAAAAUGCCAUUAUGUCGUUGCUUAUGGAACAUUUAUUGAGUCCUUCCAUGAUAAGAGGUCAAGGGUAUGAUGGGGCAAGUAACAUGAGGGGUGAAAUCAAUGGCCUCAAGACUUUGAUUAUGAAUGAUACUCCAAGAGCCUAUUACAUUCAUUGUUUUGCUCAUCAACUUCAACUAACUCUAGUUGCGGUUGCUAAAAAGAAUGUUAAUUGUACUUGGCUUUUUGACGUACUUGCAAACUUGUUAAAUGUGGUGGGAGCUUCUUGUAAGAGAAGAGACCUUAUUCGAAAACACCAAGCUCAAGUAGUGGCUCAAGCUUUGGAAGUGGGGGAAAUUGAAAGUGGAUCGGGUUGGAAUCAAGAACGUGGUUUGAGUAGGCCGGGAGAUACACGUUGGGGAUCUCAUUACAAGUGUCUAAUAAGUAUCAUCAACUUGUUUCCUUCAAUUGUUAAAGUGCUUGAGGAGAUUGGAGAAAAUGGCUCUCCGGAUGAUAAGCUCAAAGCUCAAAUGAGGGAUCAAGGAUGGGAUAGUCUCUUAGACAAAGUCAUUUUAUUUUGUACUAAACACGAGAUUGAUGUUCCAUCUAUGGAUGCUCAAUAUGUACCUCAAGGAAGAUCAAGACGUUUUGCUAAACAAGCAACAAAUCUACAUCAUUUUCGCGUUGACAUUUUUUUGGAAGUAAUUGAUUUGCAUCUUCAAGAGAUUGAUAACCGUUUUAAUGAGAAGAACAUGGAGUUACUUACAUGCAUGGCUUCCCUGAGUCCUAGAGGUAACUUUUCAUCUUUUGAUAAAGAGAGGAUACUUAAACUUGCUUCUUUAUAUCCCGAAGAGUUUUCAUGCUAUGAUUUAACGGCUCUUGAUCUUCAACUUGAUGUCUUCUUGGAUUCUAUGCAAAAUGAUGAAAGAUUUCAUGAUUUGCAAGAUAUCAAUUCUCUUUCCAUGAUGCUUGUUAAAACAAGAAAACAUGAGACUUUUCCUCUUAUACAUUUGCUAAUCAAGUUGAUGUUGAUUCUUCCUAUUAUUCAAAUGACGUGA